AAAUAAACUGAUAUGCACCAACCCCCGCUGUGUGUCACCAUCUUUUGUGGUGUGUUGAGGCUGCAUGGCCCUGCUGUGCUCGGUUUGAGGUUUAGAGAAGCCGAGCUGUAAGUAGGUCGGGCUGGGUUUAAGCGGCUUAGCUACGUCAGUCUAAGCUGAGAGGAAUUCAUCCAAAACCCUGCGCGGUAGGCGGGGGCCUAAGCGAUGCUGGCCUAGUUAAGCCUGAUUCUUAUUGUGCACAGCAACAGCCUGGUUUUGUUGUGCAAGGAAGCAAGAGGGACAACCAAGGAGUGGUGCGAUUCCACUCUCAUGACAGAACACAGCCUGUGUUUGUUUUGGAGUGGAAAGAGGAGGAAAAUGAGGGAUGUCAAGGAGUUAAAGCUGUUUUAAGUUCAUAUCACGGUGGACUAAGAGAAUCCUGCAUCAGGACAAGAAAAGACAGGUGGUGGAGUGACAGCUGAAGGCCUGACGUGGUCUGUGCUUUAAGAUGGCAUCGGGCUCGGUGUUUCUCUCCAGCAUGGUGGGUAAAGCUCGCUCCUCCAACUUCACCCUCUCCGAGAAGCUGGACCUGUUGAAGCUGGUCCGCCCUCACAUCCGCAUCCUGGAGGAACACACCAACAAACACGCGGUCAUCGUGGACAAGAACAAGUGCUGGGACACCGUGGCGGAGCAGUACAACGCCUUGGGAGGUGACAGACCUCACCGCACAGCGCAGGGACUCAGGACCCUCUACAAGAGGCUAAAGGAGUCGGCCAAACAGGAAGUGAUGCAACGGAGACACGCCCAGCCGGAGUACAGAGCCAGCAUCUCUGAGCCUACCAGGAGAAUCAUGGAGAUGAUCCCUCACCUGUUUCAGCAUGUGCCUAUCCACGAAAAGGACCUGGCGCUGCGCAGAUUAAUAUACAGUAAACACACAUCUCCCAUCGAGCCUCCUGGUAGCAGCUCCUCUCUUGCUGGACUUCAGGAAUACUCAGCAGCCGUCCCAACUAUUCCCCAUGAGGUGGUCCAUCUGGAGACUGAAGAUGAUGUAAAACCGCCUCCAGAUCUCCCCGUCCCCUCAACACGCUCAGAGCCAGGGCUGGAGGCAGGCCAGGAGCUGGAGGAGGAGCAAGACGCCAACAGCAUCCACAAUUACGAAGCAUCCUUGUCACCUGCCGCUUCAUCUGUCAACAUCGCCCUCUCCGCCUCGCCGCUGCCUUUACGCCACGACCUGUACCCCAACAACAUCUACCCUCACCAUGAGCCAGAGCGCUUUCGCCCGCUGCACUUGGCCAAAGAGGAGCACGAGUUGGUGCUAGCCAAUCAUAGGAAAGUGGCCAUGUACCUUGAGGAGAAGAGGGAGGGGCUCAAGAGGAAGCAGCAACUGGAGGAGGAACUUUUGAGAGCCAAGAUCAAAGUGGAGAAGCUGAAGGCAGCCCGACUCCGACAUGGAUUGCCCAUCCCUCUUUAGCAUGCG